AUGGAGGACGUAAACUCAAGCACCGAAGUAACAACUGAGGUGGAACCAACAACAGGAGUGGAACUCACCGAGCCUCCCAGACCUACAGUCGAGAGGAGACUACCAGGGCACAGACCAUAUGUGAAGUGGCCCGGCGCCAGUGACAAGAAGUUGUGGGAAACAGUGAAUACUGACCUUACCUUGACCCUCGAGAAACUUCGAGGCACAGUGGAGAAGAAGUUGGAGAGGAUGGGGGACAUUAUCUAUGAGUACGGGACAGAAAGAUUUGGAGUGGAAGAGGCAAAAGGCGGGAGAAAGGUUCCAACCCCACCAGUUUCCAGGAGGCAACAAGAAAUCAAGCGCCUCGUUCAAGAAAGGCGACAGCUUAAGAAACAGUGGAAGAAGGCCUCGGAAGUGGAGAAGGAUGGCAUAGAGGAAAACACAGUUCGAGGGGCAAGAACAGCAUCAGCCCCGGGGCCAAAUGCAGUCCCGUACAAAGUGUAUAAGAACGCACCAGACGUCCUGAGGUUCCUCUGGAGGCUUAUGAGAACAGCUUGGAAAAAUAAGAUAAUACCCAAAGUGUGGCGUAGGGCAGGCGGGGUCCUGAUCCCUAAGGAGAAGGAUGCAGUGAACAUCAGCCAAUCCUUAAUCCCAUCCUUACUGAAUGUCGAGGGUAAAAUCUUCUUUAGGGUCAUUGCCCAGAGGAUGGCCGAGUACCUGCAAAGGAAUGCGUACGUCGAUACAUCUGUACAGAAGGCAGGAAUAUCAGGGUUCUCUGGCUGCUUGGAACAUUCCAGCAUGAUCUGGCACCAGAUCCAAAUGGCCAAGGUGGAGAAAAGGGACCUCCAUGUAGUCUUUCUCGACCUCGCCAAUGCAUUUGGCUCUGUGCCCCAUGAA